AUGAAAGCAUCACAUAUCAUCCGUACUACCGAAGUCUUUGUAUCCGACACGCCGCUUAAGAGUCUAGAGACCACUCAGGAAGGACGAGACGGCGAAGGAGACGCGAAGAUGAGAUACAAGGUAAACGACCCGGAAGAUAAUGAAAGAGACGGGGAGAACGCCAAAGGAAAUUCCGAUGUUUCGUGGAAUUACAAUCAGAGAGAUGAGAAGAAAUCAAGCGGCAAGGAAAUGAGACUCGUAAUUGUUGUUGGCCUGUUAGCGGUGACUGUCAUCGCUCUCAUUGUAGCGUUGACUUUGCAGAUGGCGGUCUUCCGUAAGGAAGAGUACAAGGAGAUGUGCCAGAGCGAGGAAUGCAUCAAGACAGCGGCACGAGUGAUAGGCGCGAUGAACAGAUCCGUGGAUCCUUGCGAGGAUUUCUAUAAUUUCGCAUGCGGCGGUUGGAUCAACAAGCAUCCGAUUCCUCAAAGCCAGAGCUUUUGGGAUCAGCUGAGCUUGCUUAGGGAGAAACUAUUGGAGAAUUUAAGGAUUUUACUGGAGGAGCCGGAUAAGGAGACCGAUCUUAGGCCAGUCAAACUAGCAAGAGCACUUUAUAAAACCUGUAUGGAUAUCGCGAGCGUCGAAGCCUUAGGAUUAGAGCCCAUCUCCGAGGUACUCAAUAAAUUAGGCUUGCCAAAGGAUCCACCGAUGCAGGGUAAAAUACCUUCUCUCGACAUAUCAAGAUUAACAGGAUUAGCACAGAGAGCACUGGGCUUAAAUCUCUUUAUUAAUUUUUACAUCAGCGAAGACGUUAAGGAUACUUCAAGAAAUCGAAUGAUGAUAGAGCAAGCAUCUCCCGGAUUUAGCGAGCGUUAUUUACUAGAUCCACGACGAUUUCAAUUAGAAUUGAUGGAAUAUAGAAAGUACAUAAAAUCCAUGGUCGAACUCGCAGGGGCUGGCAACAUGAGUGCGAAUUACGCCAACGAGAUCAUAGAGUUUGGCACUAAACUCGCCAAAAUCAUGGCGACACCCGAGGAGCGGCGUAGUGCGGAUCAUCUUCUUCAUGAUGUGACGAUCGACGAGCUGCAACAACUCACCGAUAUGCGCGUGUUGAAGUGGAAUUGGACGAGGUAUCUGGAAUCCGUAUUCGAGAACACAAAUGUCACGAUAAAUCCAACCGUAGAUCGAGUUAUCUUAAUAGACCUGCAGUAUUUGCAGAAAUUACCGUUGCUGCUAUCCCUCACGCAACCCGCCACGAUAGUUCGAUAUGUCUGGUGGAGCGUGUAUUCGACCGUUGCCCCUUUGACGCUGCAAAAGUUUCGCGAUCUCGGCUUCCAGUUCUCGCAGAAGGUCUUCGGACUGAAGGAGAAGACACCGCGCUGGAAAGGAUGCACUGGAAACGCGAACGCAAACUUCGGCAUGGCGCUCAGCUACAUUUAUGCGCAGAGACACUUCAACGAGCAGGCGCGAGAAAAGGCAUUGGAGAUGUUAUCGGAUAUUAGGGCAGCAUUCGACGAGAUGGUUACAGAAUUAGACUGGAUGGAUGUUGGCACGAGAGGUCGAGCUCACAGAAAAUUACACGCAAUGAGACCGUUUGUGGGAUUUCCCGAUUGGAUCACGGAUCCGAAAGAGUUAGACAAGUUUUACGAAGGCGUGGAGGUGAUCGACGGAAAGUUAUUCGAGACUUUUCUACAACUGACCGAUGUGGCAAUGAAGAAGAGUUUCAAUAAUUUGCGUGAAAAGCCCGAUAGGAGCAGGUGGAUAUCGACGGGUACGACGGUAAACGCGUUUUAUAGCGUUACAUUAAAUUCAGUCACUUUUCCAGCUGGUAUCUUGCAUCCUCCAUUUUAUGGCAAUGGAUUAGAAUCCAUCAAUUAUGGCGCUAUGGGAGCUAUCAUGGGCCACGAGCUUACGCAUGGUUUCGAUGACCAAGGUCGCAGGUACGAUGAGAACGGUAAUCUUCGCCAGUGGUGGAGCGACGAGACGUUACGACAUUAUCACGACAAAGUGCAAUGUAUAAUCGAGCAAUAUAGCAAUUAUUAUUUGCCGGAGCUGGGCGAUAAUUUCACAGUGAAUGGCAUCAAUACUCAGGGUGAAAAUAUCGCUGACAAUGGCGGUAUUAGAGAAGCUUACAGGGCAUAUCAAAGGUUGAUUGCACGCAAUCCGUAUCAGCAAGCUUUACCUGGUCUCGCCGAUUAUAGCAAUGAACAACUGUUCUUCUUGGGUUUCGCUCAGGUCUGGUGUGGCAAUUACACAAACGGAGCGUUAAAGUCAAAGGUGAUAGAGGGUGUCCACGCGCCGAAUCACUUUCGUGUUAUUGGAUCGCUAUCGAACAACGUCGAAUUUGCGAAGGCGUGGAGAUGCCCGCUCGGCAGUCCAAUGAAUCCACAGCACAAAUGUAUUCUAUGGUAGAUGCUCUAUUAUUUCGAGCGGCACAAAAUGACGUAACAACGCGAGAAACUGUUAUCUCAUUCAAGCUGGAUAUCUACGUCGUGAGAGAAAAACAGGCAUUGGUGCAGUGAUUAAUUCUAAGAAAUUGUAAAUAUAGACUGAUUUACAGUUAUAGGAACUAGCGAGUAAUUUAUUACAUACUAUUCUUAAGUGCUACUCUUAGCCCUAAGCUUAUUAUGUAAAUAUCACACGGAAGAGAAUAACUUUUAUAAAGAGACUUCUUUCUCCUAAAUUGA